AAACAACAGAGUAGCGAGACUCUGAGAGUGAUAUGGAGAUUGCUACUCUCGGGUAAUCUCCGCAGAUCCUAUCGAUCCUCUUCGAGCGGACUGAAUUCUUGUUUAACUUGUCAGGCAAGGGUUUUUCUUAUUUGAUACAAUUCAAUGGCUUCUGAAGAUGUGGUUGGGAAGACAACGGGUGAGUCGGCCGUUUCAACGAUCGUCAAUCUUGCUGAAGAGGCAAAGCUUGCCAGGGAAGGAGUUAAGUCUCCAGGUCCUGCCGUACUCAGUAUAUGCAAGUCUCUUGCUGCUGGAGGAAUCGCUGGGGGAGUUUCACGUACUGCUGUUGCUCCAUUGGAACGGAUGAAAAUUUUACUCCAGGUUCAAAAUCCGCAUAGUAUAAAGUAUAACGGAACAAUUCAAGGUUUGAAGUAUAUAUGGAGAACCGAAGGUUUCCGAGGACUGUUCAAGGGCAACGGUACCAAUUGUGCUCGUAUUGUCCCAAACUCGGCAGUCAAGUUUUUCAGUUAUGAGCAAGCAUCUCAGGGCAUUUUGUGGCUUUAUCGGCAGCAACCGGGCAAUGAGGAUGCUCAGUUGACUCCUCUUUUACGCCUUGGAGCUGGAGCAACAGCUGGAAUUAUUGCUAUGUCAGCAACUUACCCGAUGGACAUGGUACGAGGCAGGCUUACUGUGCAGACAGAGAAGUCCCCUUACCAGUACAGAGGGAUGUUCCAUGCCCUAAGAACUGUCCUCGUGGAAGAAGGCCCACGGGCUUUGUACAAAGGCUGGCUUCCUUCUGUGAUAGGAGUUAUUCCAUAUGUGGGUCUCAACUUUGCCGUGUAUGAAUCUCUGAAGGAAUGGCUGGUCGAAAGUAGAUCAUUUGGACUAGCAGAUGGUUCUGAGUUGAGCGUGACAACAAAGCUUGCUUGUGGAGCUGCUGCAGGAACUGUUGGCCAGACAGUUGCUUACCCACUUGAUGUUAUUCGCCGACGAAUGCAGAUGGUGGGCUGGAAGGAUGCUUCUUCAAUUGUCACUGGCGAUGGUGGGGGCAAAGCAGCACUUGAAUAUUCUGGCAUGGUAGAUGCAUUCCGAAAGACAGUUAGGAACGAGGGCUUUGGAGCAUUGUACAAGGGCUUAGUCCCCAACUCAGUGAAGGUGGUUCCAUCUAUUGCGAUUGCGUUUGUGUCAUAUGAGAUGGUGAAGGAUGUUCUUGGAGUUGAGGUGAGAAUAUCAGACUGAAGCAAGAAAUCUAAGGAUAGCUGUUGAACUGUUAUGCUAUUUUUGUAGACGAAGGAAAGAGAGGAGGUGAAAUAGCGGUUAGGUCGAAAAAAAUUUCCCUACAGAAUGUGGAAAAUGUGAACCCCAAUUAGCUACUUUUGAUAAUCUAGAUUCCAUCUUUCCAGUCUCUCCCUCCCCCUUCAGUACAUGCUUUAGUGUUUUUUAAGCUUCUCUCAUUCAUCUGCCGUGGUAAUAAAAGAGUUGUAAGGAACAUAAGACGUUUGGCAUUUU